AUGGCGGCCGACACAGAGCGGACCAUUCUUGACUUUUAUCAAGUCUCCUCUCUCAACCUAGUCGAGUGGCCGGCCGAGAAGGACAACAACAGUGAUGUUUCCGACGAUGAAACGGCGAAGCAAAAGGCCAACAGGAGGAAGUCAAGGUUCCAGGCGCUGGAGCGGGUUGUGAGCAACAGGAGUAGCGUGGUGCCCGGUUCCGAAACUUCGGCCAGUGGUGUUGGUAAUCUGGUUCAGAGGGACGAACCCGACCCCUUGGGUACCACCGACAGUGUGGUACGGACGCUGAAGCAGAUGGGAGUUCCGUUGCAAGAUGACUCAAAGCUCCGAAAUCGAUUUCUGCUUUCAUCGACGACAUUUUCCCCGGCGCUUUUUCUAUCUCAGGUCCAUGCGACUGACAGUACUGAAGCGUUACUCAACGGAUUGGAAGUGUUGAACCAGUCGAUCGACCAAAAGUCGGCAUCCCUCAAGGUUCUCGUCGAGUCAAAUUUCGAACGUUUCGUCAGGGCAAAGGCUACAAUCGACAAUGUUUACAAGGAGAUGAAGUAUCGCGGGGCGGAGCCAGCAGCUCCCCGUGCCAGGGCUCACUCAAGGCACGCUAGUCGGAAUAGUUUUCAGAGUACCAGUGCCGCUGGUGGUCUGGCAAACUCCAUGGGCCCGACGAUUGACCCUCGAAAGAAGAAUGCGCUGAUCAGGGAGAGUGAGUACGGUGUCAUGGGCGUAAAGGCUCCUUUGCUCGAUGUUUCUGCCAAGGCUGAGGAUUUCUGGGGACCCGCAUUGGGCGGACGUGAGAAGGAGGAACACUUAAAGACAGUGGGGUCCUCUCUUGAUACCUACAAAGACUAUGUCGAGAUCAGUGCUGCAUUGGCCGAGAGUAUCAAACGGAAAGAUCACGAGAGUUUGGUUGAGGAGUAUAACAGGGCCAGACGAUUCGCUGAUGAAGCGAAGCAGAUCGCCCAGAAUAUCGGGUCAGGCGAACCCACUGAGGCACAACUGUACAAGAUCCUCCUUGCAGCACGAAUGUGGCAUGAUGUCGACGAGCAGAUACAGUUGUUAAAGAGAGACAUGUGGCGAAGACUCGUGUCCCCUCAGGCAAUGGCCAAGUCGGACGCAACACCAGGACAGGCGCAUGAUCAGCAUAUGGACCUGAUAACGCUUCUCCUGGAACUAGGUGUUGAGGAGAACCCCAUCUGGGCAUGGUUACAGAGCCGGGUUGCGUAUCUGAAAAGUAGAAUUCAAUCGACAGCGGAGAAGUCAAAGGUCGAAAUCGAAGUGCUGCGACGACGUCUAGCAAAUGUUGAGAAGCCUAGCCCUCAAUCAAUAGCGUCAAAUCUGAGAGGACUCGGCAGGCAGUCCAUCGAAAGCAAAACACCGACUUUUGACUCGGCCGAGGUUCUGGAUGUUUGGGAGACGAUAGUGGCUUUCAUGAACAACCUCAUGUCGCCUCAGGGCAUUUUGGGUGAAGUCGUUGAAUUCUGGCAAACAGUACAAGGCUUCAUGGACGGCAAUACUCAGAGAACUCUCCCUCUUGGCUACAAGGGGGAAUCGCAGGGACAUCACAGACUCACCCAGCAGAGCUCCCAGGAACUGCAGAGGGCCACGGUCGAGCUGGUUGACAUGAUCAGGGAGCAUGUUCUGUCCUUCUUUACCGGCCCUCCACCGGAAGACCUCUCUGCGCUUGUGUCUCCUCUACCGUCAACACCGAACACACCGAGCCCAUCCACAACACCAGGGUCAGCCAUUCAGGCCACUACCCUACAAGUUCCUAUCAAUCUCGACCCGAAUAACCUUCCGCCCCCAUCACCGAAGCGAGGAGAAGCCUGGGAGAAGUUUGCGUUCUGGCCACCGUGGUCCAACUCAAUCAGCGGAGCCCACUACCUCGCGAAAAUGCUCACUCUCGUCGGAUCUGGGGCUUCUGAUAUGGCCUCUCUUGCCCCGGUCGGCAAGGGUGACCCUUCAGAGUUGGAGCAACUGAGAAGUCUCGUGAACGCAACCAGGGAGAGAUGUGUAACUGCUCUUUGCGCCGCAUGGAACAGAGAUUCCGAGAACAUCAAAUAUGUGGAGGACUGGAACAGGUCACCGACCCGGAAGGAUGUGACAAAGAUGCCCGCCAGCUUUGCCGCAUUUGAGAGGGCUUUGCUAAGCGGAAUGCAAAAGAUCCUAUAUGUUUCCGAAGCCAUGACUAAGCCCGGGGCCGAGGAUAUUGUCCUACCGCCUGCGACGAAACUGCUACAAAUGGUGCGGAGUCAGUAUGUCACCACGCUCUACAAAGCCCUCCAUGGCAUGGUAGAAAACGCAGAGCUACCCAUCAAGAAGCCUGACGAUGACUGGACGACGGAUGCCAAUGAUUUUAAUGUCCGCAUGCUUCUCACCCUCAGCAACCUCCAAGCUCUCCGCUCCGAAGUUGUCCCAAACCUCAACACCCAAUUCGAGAACGCCUUCUCCGUCAAGCUCACUGACGAAACCAAGACCAUCCGGGACGUCCUCGGUCAGAUCGACGCCCGCCUCUUCCAAUCCUACACCCGCCCCUCGAUCGAGUCCUUACGUCGCAUCGUCCGCGCCGGCGUGACCGCCUCUGACUGGCCUCCCCCCUCGGGCCAGAAGCCACGCGAGGUGAAGCCCUACAUCUACGAAGCCCUGCUCGACCUCGUGCUCGUGCACACGCAGGUUUCCACGACGGCCGCCUCCUUAACCAGCCAGGUGCUCUCUUUCUUACUCGAGCAAACGUCGCGCGAGCUACUUGAGGCGUUCAAGACCCGCGCCCGCUACGACCUGGGCAUGCUCAUGCAGGCCACGCUUGACGUCGAGUUUGUCGCCCAGACGCUCAACCACUACACCACCGACCGCGCCUCGGAGCUCCAAAGUGCCGUGUACCAGGAGCUGGAUAGCCGGACGGACAAUGAUGCGAGGACGCGGCUGCAGGCUGAGUUGCCUGAGAUGCGGGCUGUCUUGAAGCGCUUGAGGGAGGCGAGCAAGAGCGAGUUUGCGUGCUUUAGGAAGCCAAAAAAGACUACGGGUCCUGCCGCUACUGCCGGGUCUUCGGCUGGGUCCGCUGCUAUGUUGGCUGCUCAGGUCGGAGAUAUGAGCGGCCUGGAGAGAACGGAUACGCGGGAUACGGGGCGUAGCUAUGGGACUACGGGGAGCGAGAGGUAGAGAAAUGGGAUAGGGCGGGAUUUUUCAUGGGAAGAAGUAACUCUGUCUUGUGGAUUACAGAUCAGAAGUCAGUAUUCCGAAGGUGCAUGCCAGCCUUUGUUCAGUGGAAGUGAGGAGGAGAAGAAGGGGGAGGGAGGGCCUAUGUAUGUAGGAAAAUCAUGACCAGUCAUCGAUAAUUGGUGUCUUCAACGGAUGUUCAUUGUCAAUUAGUGUCUGGCCAUGAAUUUCUUUUUCAUGUGUCUACGGAGCUGUCGAUGCUUGAGACCUACCGUAUAUCGAUCAAAAGUUUUAUAAUGAUCACAUACAACAUGAGCAGAUAACG